CAGAACUUUCCAGAGCAAAGGAGGAAAACUAUCAACUACUGGACGUUCUUUUCAAGAAACAUCAAGUUGUGUUACACAGAACAGCAGGGGGAGCUCAUCACUAGUACUACUGCGUGGAGGCUGGCAUGUGACCUCGAAGAAGAACCUCUACCUCAUGAGCAGGAGGUGGAACCACAAUGUCCCUAUGGACAUGAGGAAGAAGAGGUUCCACAUUCCCAACACAUUAAAGAGGGAGGGCAAGAGCCACAGUCCCCCCACAUUAAAAAGGAAGCAGCAGAACACAGCAUCAGUCAUGAAGGAGAGCACAUUGAAGGACUGGAGGAGUUCCCAGUGACUGGUGUCCCUGUGAAGAGUGAAGAUGAUGAGGUCAAAGGUGAAAGUGAGGAGAGGGGAGGGGGGGAGCCUCCAAGCAGCAGCUCAACACAACACAUGACAACAGAAGCUGAUGGAGACCACUGUGGAGGAUCACAAGCAGACAAGCUCUUAGCUCCACUAUCAGAUAGUGAGGACACAACGUCACACUCUCCUGACACUGAUGAUGAAGACUCUAAAGAUGAUAAGACAUGUCACACUGACAACACUCACUUCACAUGUUCUCUCUGUGACAAAACCUUUAAAUACUGUCGUAAUCGGAAAAGACACAUGAGAACACACACUGGAGAAAACCCUUUUACCUGUUCACUUUGUAGUAAAGGAUUUGCGCAAAGUCACAAUUUGAAAGUGCACAUGAGAACACACACUGGUGAAAAACCUUUCAUCUGUUCAAUCUGUGGUAAAGGUUUUACAGAAAGUCAGAAUUUGAAAAGACACAACAGAACACACACUGGUGAAAAAUCGCAUUCCUGUUCAAUCUGUUGCAAAUAUUUUGUACAAAGUCAACAUUUGAAAGUACACAUGAGAACACACACUGGUGAAAAACCUUUUUCCUGUUCAAUGUGUGAUAAAGGUUUCACACAAAAUCACCAUUUGAAAGAACACAUGAGCACACACUCUGGUGAAAAACUGUUUUCCUGUGGUAAAAGUUUCACUCAAAAUCAGUGUUUGAAAAGACACAUGAGAACCCACACUGGUGAAAAAACAUAUUCCUGUUCAAUCUGCAAUAGAAGCUUUUGUGACCCAUCAAACCUUAUAAGACACAUGAGAAGACACACAGGAGAGAAAGUGUUGAGUUGCAGUGUGUGUGGUGAAAGAUUCUCUUCUAAGUACCAGUGUAAGAAACACAAGUGUGCUGGUGGGAACAGCAGCAGCAAAUGAAACUGCAGGAUUUUAAAUAAACUGUCAAGACUUUAAUUGUGACUUUCUAACAACAUCAGCACAUAUAACAUGUGUGACAUUGUUGUUUGUGUAACAAUAUUUUUAAUAUGCUUCUACAUUUAUAUAAUAGAUAUUUUAUAUUGGUGCUUUUUUAGUCAAGUACAUGCAUUAAUAUGCAACAUUGUGUACCUUUAUCAAAUUGGAACAGAACAAUUUGAAAAGGUGAGAGUAAACAGUGCAAUACAUAUUUUACAUACAGUAAACAUGUGUAUAUAUAUUCAUCAGACAAUUUUAGACUUAUUCUAUUCUGUUUUCAUAGGUGUUUGAAAUAUUGAAGUGUUACAUAUUUUUAUUUGUAAUUGUUAAUGAUCCCAUAGAUUAGCACCUUUUAUAUGUUAUACAUAUGAACUGGUUCACAUCUGAAACAUCUUCUGGACCACUUCAGGAAGCUUAUUAUUAUUUACUUUGUACAUCAUUUGAACAGUUGUCUUUUAUACAAUUUAAAAAUGUGUGACUUUAUGAAUCAUUUGUUGGGUCUCUAUAAUCCAUUUUAUUAAUGAUCUUUAGUCCUCUCUUUUGUAAUAUGAUGAUUGUGUUAUGAUUGUUUUAUUUGUAUGUCCCCAGACCUUUAUGCAAUAUAAAAGUGAGAGAAAAAGGCUGAA